CCGAAGCGAUCACUCAAGCAGUGAGGGGGGUCGUUCGGGCAGCAACAGAAGAAAGACUGUUUAUCCUCCUGCUGCUCCAGUCAACCUCCCGUCUUCCCCAUCUUCCUCUCCUGCUCCCCCUUCCUCACCUCCUCUCCCUCCCUCCCCUGACUUCACUUCCUCCCCUCCUCUCCCUCUUUCUCCCCACACUCCAGACGCUUAUCCCUCUCCCUCACCUCUUCCCAACACUUCUCCCUCUUCUCUUUCCCUCGCUCCUCUUCCCUCUAUCCCUUCCUCCCCUCCUUCCCCCACCCCAUCAUCGCCUCCUCCCCUGUCCCCACUGCCGCCGUUUUGGCCUGUCUCCCCCUCUUCCUCCCCUCUCUCUCCCUCUGCCUUCUCUUCCCCCUCUCCCUCCCCCUCUCCUUCCCCUUCCACCCCCCUCCCACCAACCUCCCCUAUUGAAAGGAGAAAGGCAGCAGCUGCAGCCGCAGCAAGGCGGAAAGCCAUUGCCUCUGGUUCGGCGCCUGCUGGUUCGGGUUAUUCUGGUUCGGUCACAGGCUCGGUUACAGCAUCGCCAUCUGCAACAUCGCCAUCCAUGCCGGCCGGGAUGGUGGGAGCGGGGAUGGUGGGUCUGGCCGGCAUGACAGCUGGCAUGGGCUGGCAGCAGAACCCCAUGAUGACGUCAGCAGAGCAACCCAUGCUGACAUCAUCGGGCAACCUGGUGGCAACUGCCAUGAAGCUUCCUCCUCCGCCUCCUGCAUUUUUAGACGCCACCACGGGUCUGCAGCAGCGCAAUGGGGGGAUGAUGCUGCCUGAUGGAUCGAUGCAGUCAGCAGGGCACAUGGGGAUGAUGACGUCAGCAGGCCAACACAUGAUGACGUCACCUGCUCAUGCUCCUCCUAGACUCACUCAUACCCACUCACUCUCCCCCUCUCUCCCACUCUCCCCUUCACACCCUCUCCCGCCCUCACACCCUCUUUCCCCUUCACACUCUCUCUCCUCCUCUCACCCCGAUGCUCACACUCACUCACUAUCCCCACCGCACCCCCUCUCCACAUCACAGUACACCAUGAUGACGUCACCGUCUCACUCAAUGCUGACGUCAUCCGUGGCAGCAUCAGGCAUGGCUUACCCCUCAGCCAGCAUACCAUACGCAUCCACUGGUGCUGUACCAUCCAUGUCCAUGCCCUCUCAACAACCAUCUAUGGCUUCACAACAAGCCAUGCCAUCACAACAGCAAUCCAUGUCUAUACCCUCUCAACAGCUACCCUUGGUCUCACAGCAAUUCAUGCAACAGCAAACUCUAGGCAUGGCUGCUCCUCAACCCCAUCACACACUCUCAACCUUCCCCACACACUCUCUAACCAUCUCAAUCCCCUCAACCCCAUCACCUGCAUCACCCACAUCUCCCAAUUCUCCUUCUCCCUUCAAGGCGCCUCAUUCUCUCCAGACUCAUCCCUCAGAGUCACUUCAGACUAUAAGCCCAUCCUUCCCACAGAUGAAUGUACAUGGGAGUAACGGUGUGCAUAUCGCCUCCUCCCCUCAGGGGAGUAACGGUGUGCAUAUCGCCUCCUCCCCUCAGGGGAGUAACGGUGUGCAUAUCGCCUCCUCCCCUCAGGGGAGUAACGGUGUGCAUAUCGCCUCCUCCUCCCAUCCGUCCUCUCACCUUUCCUCCCAGCCUUCCUCCCCCAUGCAUGCACAUUCAGCUUCUAGCUCCCCCACCGCUUAUGGCACCAUGCAUGCACAUGCCAUCAAUAGCACCAUAGCCAGCGCAGGCAGCAGCAACAACAGGGCCUUUAACAGCAGCAUCCUGGCUAGCGCACCUAACAGUAUGCUGGUUAGUGCUCCCACCAGCAUGACCAUGCUGACGUCAGCGCACCAUGACAUGCCCGCGAUUAUGACGUCAUCGAUGCAGGUUCAGCAGGAUUCGGUGACGUCAGGAGGAUACGGGGGUGGGACGGUGGUGGCUGUGGGGGGUGGAGAGAGGGAGGGGCAGCAGCAGCAGAUUGUGCCUGGUGCUGAAAUGGGGAAGGAGGAAGGGCGGGAGGAGGUGGGGGAGCAGCGAUGGGAGCAGACGGAUGGGAUGGAUCUCCUUCUGCCCGUCAACGUGGCCAGUGCAGGGACUCGGAUUAUCUACACCAUUCCCCCAUGCAGGUUGCCUGCUGUGCAAGCCUCUGCGGCGCUCCCAGUCCCAGCCACUGGGGCAGCUCGAGGGAAGCGCAGCAGCCCAGGCAAUAGGGAUAUUGCGGACGUGGCAGGCAGGACAUGGCGGCACGCCCACCCCACACACACUGCUGCUGCUGCUGCUUCUGCUGCUGCUGCCACCAGUUCCCCCAUUCCCCUGUUCCUUGCCACUCAAGCCUCUGUGGCAGCCAUCGGGGGUGUGACCUGCAGGGGAGCACGGUUGGCGUUGGUGCGGAUGGGUGCAGCUAGGACCACUCGUGCAGGGACCUUGAGCGGGGCCUUGAGCAGCACCUCGCGCAGCACCUCAUGCAGACCACACCGCCACGAACGACGAGCUCAGCUCCGCCUUGCGCGGGCCUUGCGCGGGCCCUGCACCGCCAGCUCCGAUGGCUUUGAGAAGAGCUGCUGGCUGUCCACAGCGCGCACGGGGGGAACGAACGACGAGCUCAGCUCCGCCUUGCGCCACUCCGACACGCACGGGGGGAAGGACUGCUGGCUGUCCACAGCGCGCACGGGGGGAAGAGGGGGGAGGAGCGGGGGAGAGGAGCGGGGGAGAGAGGGGGGAGGGCGGGGAGGGACGGGAGGGAAGGAGGGGAGAGAGGGGGGAACGGAGGAAGUUGGGGAGAGAGAGGGGAGAGAGCGGGGAAUGGAGGUGCUUCAGCAGCCUCUCUUGGGGUUUCCCUGCCUCCCUCCCUCCCUCCCUCCCUCCCUCCCUCCCUCCCUCCCUCCCUCCCUCCCUCCCUCCCUCCCUCCCUCCCUCCCUCCCUUCCUCCCUCCCUCUCUCCCUUUCGCGGACACUGGUUUCCCCCCCUCUCCCUCCAUCCUUUCAGCAGCAUCUUUCAGGAUUUCUUCGCCUUCCCCCUCCCUUCAUCCUUUCAGCAGCAUCUUUCAGGGUCCCUCCCGCCCCUUCUUUCUCCCUCCCUCCUUUCAGCAGCAUCUUUCGGGGUCUCUCCCGCCCCUUCUUCCUCCCUUCAUCCUUUCAGCAGCAUCUUUCAGGGUCUCUCCCGCCCCUUCUUCCUCCCUUCAUCCUUUCAGCAGCAUCUUUCAGGGUCUCUCCCGCCCCUUCUUCCUCCCUCCCUCCUUUCAGCAGCAUCUUUCAGGGUCUCUCCCGCCCCGUCUUCCUCCCUCCCUCUUUUCAGCAGCAUCUUUCAGGGUUUCCCCGCCUUCCCUCCCUCCCUCACCCCUUUCAGCAGCAUCCUUUAAAGUUUCCCCCGCCUUCCCCCGUUCUUCCUUCCCUUCCACCACAUCUUUUGAUCACGCUGAGGAGAGUGUAUGUGGUUAUGCUACUUUCUAG